AUGCCAGCAAGACCCAGGGCUCAGCUGGCAUGGCUCUGCAUUGUCACAGUGUCUGUGGUGAUCUACCCAGCCCUGCUGCACAAAGCUCCCAAGAGGAGGAUGAGCAACGGGAACGCACAGCUGAAGAUGCCAGGCUGCUGCGAGGAGAUCAAGGAGCUCAAGCUGCAGGUGGCCAACCUGAGCAGGAUGCUGCAGGAGCUGAGCAAGAAGCAGGAAGGGGACUGGGUGAACGUGGUGAUGCAGGUGAUGGAGCUGGAAGGCAGCACCAAGCAGAUGGAGUCGCGCCUCGUCGACGCCGAGAGCAAAUACUCCCAAAUGAACAACCAGAUUGACAUCAUGCAGCUGCAGGCAGCUCAGAUGGUCACACAGACAUCAGCUGAUGCUGUUUAUGACUGCUCAUCACUUUACCAGAGGAACUACAGAAUUUCUGGUGUUUACAAGUUACCUCCUGAUGAAUUUUUGGGAAUUCCAGAUCUGGAGGUGUUCUGUGACAUGGAGACAGAUGGAGGAGGCUGGACUGUCAUCCAGAGGCGUAAAGUUGGUUUGACAUCGUUCAAUAGGGACUGGAAACAAUACAAGGAAGGAUUUGGCAAUAUUAAGGGAGAUUUUUGGCUGGGAAAUGAAAAUAUCUACAGACUUUCAAGACGUCCCACUGUCCUGCGAGUAGAGCUGGAGGACUGGGAAGGAAACACACGCUAUGCCCAGUAUGGGCACUUCACCUUGAGCAAUGAAAUCAACAGCUACAGGCUCUUUGUGGGCAACUACAGCGGCAACACCGGGCGGGACUCCCUGCGCUACCACAACAACACAGCCUUCAGCACGAAGGACAAGGACAACGACAAGUGUGUGGAUGACUGUGCCCAGUUCCGGAAAGGUGGAUAUUGGUACAACUGCUGCACAGAUUCCAACCUGAAUGGGGUCUACUACCGCAGAGGAGAGCACACCAAGAACAUGGAUGGCAUCACCUGGUACGGGUGGCACGGCUCCACCUAUUCCCUCAAGAGAGUGGAGAUGAAGAUCAGGCCAGAGGAUUUCAAACCAUAG